ACAACAAAGUAGGUCAUAUGUGAGGGGGGUGAGUGUUCCUCUUGUGUCUGCAUCAGUUACUCAGACACAGACACCAGAAGCUAGAGGUUAUGGAUCCAAAACAGAUCAAAGAGGGAUAUCUGGUCAAAAAGGGCACAGUGUUGAACUCGUGGAAGGUGGUGUGGGUGGUGUUGUCUGAUGAUGGGGUGGAGUUCUUCAAGAGAAAGACAGACAGUGCUCCCAAAGGAAUGAUCCCACUGAAGGGAGCUGUUCUGACCAGUCCCUGUCAGGACUUCAGCAAGAGGACGUUGGUUUUUAAGCUCAGCACGGCCAAGAACCAGGACCAUUUCUUCCAGGCCACCCACCUGGAGGAGAGAGAGUCCUGGGUGAAGGACAUCAAGAGGGCCAUCAACUGUCUGCAGGGGGGCAAAACGUUUGCCAGGAAGUCGAUACGGAGGUCCAUUCGCCUCCCUGAUACCGUCAACCUCAGUGAGCUGUACAUUCUAAUGAGAGACCAGGAGGAUGGGGUCAAAGAGCAGAAGCUGGAAAACGAGAAGAGAGUCUACAAUCACUGCUUCACAGGUAGUACGGUGGUGGACUGGCUGAUCUCUAAGGACAAGGCCAGGAACAGGCCUGAGGCUCUGAUGUUGGCUACAGGACUCCUGAACGAAGGGUUCCUACAGCCCGCAGGGGACGUGUCCAAAGAGGGGCUCGAGGGAGGGGCAAUGUCCACCUUCGUCGAUGAGCCAGAUGCACUCUACUACUUUGCAGACAGUGGGUUCUUCUGUGAAGGCUACUCCAGUGAUGAAGACGUGAUUGUGAAGGAGGAGUUCAGGGGUAACAUCAUAAAACAGGGCUGCUUACUCAAACAGGGACAUCGGAGGAAAAACUGGAAGGUGCGGAAAUUCAUCCUCCGGAACGAUCCUGCUUAUAUUCACUAUUACGACCCCACCAAGGGUGAUGAGUACCCUCUGGGCUCUAUCCAACUGCGAGGGUCUGUGAUCACAGCGGUGGAGUUUGUUCCUGAUGCCAAGAGGUAUGACGUUGAUGGGAAUCUCUUUGAGAUCAUCACUUCCGACGAGACACACUAUUUCCUCCAAGCGGCUACAGCUGAGGAGAGGAAGGAGUGGAUCAAUGCCAUCCACACCGUGUCAAAAACUGGAAAAUAAUCACAACAGGCCACAUAGCUACUCUGAACACCUCAAAUUAAGGGAUAUGGAAUAUGGACAGACAUAUACAAAACAUUGUUUCAGAGCCAGAAGGAAUCCGAACCGAUCUGAUCCGACUGAUCCAAAACUCUGCUUUUACGGUUAUUUCAAGAGUUUUAGGUUUCUUAUUGUAUUUAUGUUGAAUGAUUAUGAAUUUCCUCUUCAUAUAGAUCAAAUGCUCCCUCGCUUGCUUUUCAACAUGAUGGGGCACUUUCACCUUUAGAUAUAUUUAUCACAGGCAGGCUGUGAAGAAGGGUGCAAUGAUCUCUGUGUAGAAAGGUGUAAAGUUCUGUAAUGGUUUCUGGUGUGCCCUUUUUGCUUUUCAAUCCAGCUGUCUGUCAAAAAUCAUUGUCUUACAUCAGAUAGCGCGUCGAUUUAGCCUGCACCGGUUGAGGGACGAGCGUCGCGGAGCAUUGACGCCAUCUGACGUGAGACAAUGGUUAAAAAUAGGACAGUUAGUUCCUAUGACUGAACAAACACUUAUCAUGUCCUGCCAGUCAUAUCCUAACUCUGAGGACCUGUCACUGUGGGUUUCAUGAUGUUCCUAACCCAUAUCACAUGGUCUCUGCACUGGCUGUAUGUGGCUGUGUACUAACUCCAUUGUCUGUCAAAAAGCCCUUACUCACUAUUCUUUGUUCCACAUUUUUACACAUGUUAAUUAAAAUAUCUACUCUUUGUC